AAGCCUUCGUCAGGGCAUCACUAUAAGUACUAGCCUCAGAUCCUUUUCUUGCAACCAAUCUAUCUACGAGUGUCGCUUUUCCAAUUGAGCCUCGAGGUCGUUGAACAGCUUCGAAUUCAGAAAUUUCAGCUUGAAUCGAAAUGUCUGGGCGCGGUAAGGGAGGCAAGGGUUUGGGAAAGGGAGGAGCCAAACGGCAUCGUAAGGUCCUUCGCGAUAACAUCCAGGGCAUCACCAAGCCGGCCAUUCGUCGUUUGGCUCGCAGAGGAGGUGUGAAGCGUAUCAGCGGUCUGAUCUACGAGGAGACACGUGGCGUGCUCAAGAUCUUUCUCGAGAACGUGAUCAGAGACGCUGUGACCUACACCGAGCACGCUCGCCGCAAGACGGUGACGGCAAUGGACGUGGUCUACGCACUCAAGAGGCAGGGCAGGACCCUCUACGGUUUCGGUGGCUAGGGCUUUCUGAUUCUUAAAGUCUUGCUGUCAAGAAAUGGAGUUGUGUUUUGGAUCUAGUUGACAAUUAGGUAGUUUUACUUUGUUUAGGAGUUAAAUUUUUUUAGUGUUCUUGUUAUGUGCUGUGUAAAGUGAUUAGUGGACUGUGUUUGUGUAAUUGCAACUUAAAUUGAAUGAAAUGAUGGUGUUUGAUCCAAAA